GAGAAGUUCCGUGGCGCUCAUUCCCGCAGGUGCCCGUCAGCCCGGGAAGGGGCGGGGCGGCGCGUCGGAAGUGCGCGGCGGCGCUCGGCCCGGCCCGGCCGAGCUGCGUUAAACCAUAAACAUGAAGAAAUUAAAGCUUAAAGAACUGGAAAGCUGCCUUCAACAAGUUGAUACUUUUGAAAGUCCAAAACUACUACUUGAACAGUAUCCAACUAGACCUCAUAUUGCAGCAUGUAUGCUUUAUACAAUUCACAAUACUUUUGAUGAUAUUGAAAACAAAACAAUUGCAGAUUUAGGAUGUGGUUGUGGCAUGCUCAGCAUUGGAAGUGCAAUGUUAGGAGCAGGAUUCUGUGUGGGCCUUGACAUAGAUGCAGAUGCACUGGAAAUAUUUAAUAGCAAUAUUGAAGACUUAGAGCUCACGAAUGUCAACAUGGUUCAGUGUGACAUCUGUUCUUUAUCUGACAGCAUGUCAGAUGCUUUUGAUACAGUUAUUAUGAACCCUCCCUUUGGUACCAAGCAUAACAAAGGAAUUGAUAUGAUUUUUCUGAAAACUGCUCUACAAAUGGCAAAAACAGCUGUAUAUUCCCUUCACAAAACUUCAACACGGCAGCACAUUCAAAAGAAAGCAGCAGAAUGGGAAGUGAAGAUGGAAGUCUUAGCAGAACUUAGGUUUGACUUACCAGCAUCAUACAAGUUCCAUAAGAAGAAAUCAGUACAGAUUCUCAAUUCAGAACAACAACAAAACUAAGAGCCAACAUUUGUUUUUUACAUCAAAUCCAACCUCGCAUCACUAGGCAAAACAAUAAGAAAAAUAUUCAAUUCCUACAUAAGUAUAAUGAGAAAUGUUUCUGAAGUUUCUGUCUCCUGUUUAAUCUUUGGAAAGUUCACAGAACUUACUGGAGGAUGGAAUGAAAGUAUCUGCAUUUACUGACACAUCCUAAAGAUGUCUUGUUUUCGCCUUUACAAAUCUGUCUUCACUGCAGUUCUGCUUGAACAGUGAAUCAAGUAUCUUUGAUAACAUAAGACAUUUUAACUUGGAAGUAACUUUACUUAACUGCCAGCAAGUGUAUAAUCCCAGUACAUCAGAUGCAGUCACUAAGAAAGAAGCAACUGGCCAGAAAAUUAACAGGGAUCAAACAUUUUCUAUCUAGUUAUUCUUAAGAUAAGGACAGAGUGCUAAGGCUAGAAUGGGAAGAUUAAUCCUUGAGAAAAAAUGUCGCUUUUAUGAAGCUGUCAGAAAUUAGUCUGAAUUCAGUUUUGAACUAUGAAGCAGAGAUUUCUUCUUUCUCUCUUUGAGCACGAACACACUUGUUAAAUCCAGCUACAGAAGAUGAAGUGGUUUCUUGGUUGCAUUACCCCAGCUCAUAGAUCUGUGACCACAAAGGCUGGUGACAAAGAUGGUUUUGCACUCAUGUUUUGAAUGGUUUAUUGGGAAAUUUAACCAUACACCUUCUGCUCUUCUGCUACUUGCAGGACAAUAACAUCUUUCAGAGCAUCAAGUUGACUGGCAACACAGAAGCAGGGAAAACUCCCCCAAGGUGCCCUAGUUAGGAAAUUAUGUUUUUCAUCAGAAUGCCCAUUGGCAGCCUCAUCUUCUUACUUUAGUAUUUUAAUUCCCCAAUAAUUGUUCAGCCUACGGCAGUCUGCAGUAUUUCCAUUUCCUCCUUUUCCUGAUCUCAAUGCUACAUUCAAUCCUUGGAACUUGUAAUUCUUCAGCACUUACAGCCUUGAAGGGUGCUGUGCUUGCACCUGUACCUAACACUGUAACACUCUUUAAAGCAGGAUUUCAGCAAGUGUUAGCUGCCAGCUAUGCUGAGUGUGAUCCAUUUAGCUAAAAAGCACUUCACAAAACCUGGGCCAGAGCACCCAAGCUGAGAGUUGCAGUUACUUCAGAGAUGUCCCACAUGAGCCACCCUGACUACAGGAGAAUGACACCUCACCACUACUCAGGUGCUGGUGCUAUCUUAACACCCUACUUGUGAGAGAAAUCAGUGUUCUAUUUUACCCAAUUUGAUCUCAUUUAAUGGCAACAUACAGAGCAGUCUCUGACUGCUGUCCCAAGCCUGCCUCAACCCAGGUACCAAAAUACUCAGAACCAAAAACUCAGUUUCCACAUAAGACUCAGCUUCACUGUAAAGAAGAGAAAAAAACAAAGUCUACUUCCUUAGCAGUGUUUCCAAGGUUAAUACCAAAAAGCAUGAUCUAACACAAGAUGUAGGACACAUCCUUUAGACAAAGUCUUACGUGUGGAAAUUUUUUUCUAAAAAGCAUCCUUUCAGUUGCAAGUAAUAAACUGUAGGAAAGACUAAGAAAAACUCAAGCUUGCCACACAUGGAAUUCAGUUCAGUGAUUGAGCUCUAACCUAUUUAGAACAAAAGCAGAAGCAGCCUUCUAAUUUAAGAGAAAUUCUAGCCUUGUCUGCACAUGCUCACUUCAGACUCUUUAGCUCAGUCAUUUGGCACCAGACAACUUCCAGAUCAAUAGUUUUCAGUUGCUGUGCAGUGGUGAAGACUGAUAAAAAGCUACAAUGAACAGCAAUCACAGUCUGAACUGCAUGCAAAAUACUACAAAAGAUUUCAUUUUAAGGGCGUUCUUAAUAAACUACACUGACUUGUUCCUUCCACAUGCCAAAAGUCUGUAUCAGUACCACACAAAACAUAAAAAACAGGUUAAAAUAAAGCAAGUAGUCAUUAGUUUUAAAUUAAAAAAAAUUACAGCCAAGCCCCUCAACUAGAACAAUUAGAUCCCACACUAUAUUAGCCAGAUCAUCAAGUAGAUUUUCUUCUUACCAGCCAUUUAGUUUCAA